AUGGGCAACAAGAGAGGAGAGCGUCGCAAGCGCAUGAAUGCUCGGCAGGGAGUCCCUGACAAUAUCGCAAGGUCGAUCGUGCAAAGAGCGCAUGGCGAUGUUCAACUUCCUCAAGGCAUACUCAUGCGUGUAGCUUGUCGUGGAGACUCUCCUGUGAUGCCAGCACCUUUUUCUUGGACGCUUCUCAGCACCCUCGAAGAUGCCCCUCCCGAGAGGGAAGAGGCAUUUGAAGAGGCGUUAAUCCGUCUACGUCUCCCUUUUCCCGUGAAUAACCAGUAUAAACGGGGAAAUCAGGGAGUCUACUUUUGUGCUGAUCAUUUGGCGUGCAAUAAGAAGUAUAAGCUCAUUUGGGAAGGGACUACAGUGAGAGUGUAUCAGCAUGGUGAGCAUGGCACUGUGCCCAUUGACUUGGAUAGACUGCAGCACCCGAGGCAGAUAACUCGUUUCAUAUUUGACCGAGCAUCCUUGGGAUUGACAGCGUCACAAAUCUACAACGCUAUGGUUUCCCAGCAUCGGUAUUACACGGACACUGGCCGAAUUAAUCGAGUCAAGGUGGGAUGUUCAAAGCCUCAAAAGUCCAACGCAAUCUACUUCACCACAGAUACAGGAGAUUAUGUCGUCGAUGCCUCGACGCAUGCAGCGGGUGCUCAUCCGAUUACUAACUAUUACGAGUUGGAAGAAGCUCUGGGAGAUAAUAAGCUGACCCAAGCCAUGAUGGAUGUGAUCAAAGAAGAUCAAGAACUCCCUGAGGAGUUUAUCUAUCAUAACGGUCUAUGGGGGAGUCAACACUUCUCUUGCAUGGUCGGCGGAGCCAGUAUGAUUUCUUCCCUCUAUUGGUUCAUCAGAAGUUGCCCCUCCGGCUUUCCCUUGUAUAUGGAUGCGCAAAACAAGAUAAUCCGUGGCAGUCUCAAGGUUGCUUGGAUAGGAACAACACGCGUGUGGUAUAAUCGCCGUAACGAGGCGCACCAUACGUUUGUUCCAUUCCUUAUGGCGGUUUGCGACGAGGAGUGCUACGACACGUACUACGGCCUCCUAGCCGAGCUGGAUAAGCUCGUCAAGCUGCUCACGGAUAAUACGCGACAGCUGGGCGAUGUUGUGACUAUGUGUCUUCAUGACGCUCACCAAGGCGCAAUACGUGCUUGCGAGGAUUAUCUACCUGGUGUCAGGAAUGGCCGCUGUUACUUCCACUUGUCCAAAAAUAUCAAGGAAAACAAGUCGAGGCUCGGCGAGGCAUACGACCUGGUGAAACGGCAUAAGUUCUUUCUUCAUGCGUGUCCUACAGACGAACUGUAUGAGAUGCUCUCUGCUGCUCUCAUUGAAGAGGUGGAGCUGAUCGACCAUGAUGCCGCUGUUUACCUCGAGAACACUUUGGAUGUGGAGCGCUACGGCUAUCCAAAUAUCGCAGUCACAUCCGAGGGACUGCCCUGUGCUCAGGUAACGGACAUGGUACAAGAAAUAUUGGAGGAAAACUUGAGCAGUGACUUCUUUGUUAUCAAAAGCCUCCGUGCAGCAGACGAUCUUGACAACGAUCGCGUGAUCGAAAAGUUCCUCAGAGGGGUUCUCCUGGAUGACUUCUCGACUGAUGAUGCCCUUACACUGGAAUUCUUGAUGCGGACGUACUUCAGCUUCAACCUGAUCACCCUCGAGGCUCCCCUUGGUGAUCAUCGACUUAGCGAUGAUCAGCCGACUCGUGAAGAGAUCGAAGCAGCCCGAGUCGCUGCGAUGACCGCCGGCAAGACUGACAACGGUGACAAUGCUGAAGGAUCCGCUGAGUGGAAGGACUCUGGUGCCCCUGUGUGUUCUUCCCAAACCAUCACCGACCUAUCGAGUGGGCUGGCAGCCUUCCUUCAAAUGAGUCAAGACGGUACCAACAAACAAAACAAGUCCAUCCCCAAUCUUGAAGCCCUUCUCAGUGGCACUCCCUACCUUAGGGGUAUGUGCCACGACCUCCAUCCCGAAGACUCACUGGUCAAGGAGGUUCAUUCGAGUUGUCUGAGCAGUGGUCAUGCUGACAAGAUCAGACACGUUCUGGCGCUCCCGAUCAAGUGCUUCUUCCGGCCCAACGAGGAUCCCGGUAUGAUGAACAAUGUCUUCAAAGCUCUAUUGAGAUGGUCUACUACCGUUGUUCUGAUCGGAAACUGCAAGGCCAACUCUGACAGUGAGUGCGACACAUUGCAGAUGGGACCACUUCUCACACAUCUGCUAAAUUGUGCUCAGGCCACCUCAAGGAAGUCCUUCGGUCCUAAUGGUCGAGCCUCGGGUCCUUAUGGUGCCAUCGAGUACCACAACCUCAUCCAAGAGAGGGUUGUCGACCUUUUGAGGCAAGGAAAGUCCUUGCCCAGAGCAAUGUUGAAGAUGGCCAAAUGCCAUGACGAUCUCAGCAUUCGUGCUAGUGAAGCGGCCGCUGAAGCCAGGAGUAAGUCGCAGAGUAGCUCCAGAAGCAACUUAUCCGCUGAGACCAAACGCCGCGGUCAGAAGCAACACCGUAAGGGCGGAGACCGGCGUGAACCACCCAAUAAGAAGCCUCGUGGCGGUGAGAAAGGUGCCAAUCCUGAGGCCACGUCCUCGACCAAGGCUAAAGAUCACAAGUGA